UCCUAUAGGAUUGAACAUAUGCCUCCUUAAUCUGGGGACCACGAGUGUAGGGGCGGAAGCAGCCAAUGGAAACCCAGGAGGGGCGACGCAGACGCCUGCAGAGCGGAAGUGGGUUGCUUUGAGACGGCGGAGUCUUGCUUGAGCGGGUAUCUCCUCGGCCACUCGCGAAGGGGUUUUCUCGCUCUAGCAGGUUGGUGAAGGUAGCCAGGUCUUCAAGAUACUGGAAACCUGCCUGGCUCCAAUUCUUUGUAAGCUGGAAGGUAGUAACCAGUGGGCAUGAGAGGCUGAGAACAUUCAGCUUUGCUGCAAACCUUGGUACAGGUUGGAGUCAGCACAAUGAGUACAAGAAAGCGUCGUGGUGGAACAGUAAGUUCUAGACAAGCCCAGAAGCGAACUCGGGAAACAGGCUCGAUUCCCGAGAUUGCCAUGGAUCCAGAACCCAUAGAACUUGAGGAAACAGCUGGAGAUGAAAUUGUGGACCUCACAUGUGAAUCAUUAGAGCCUGUGGUCGUCGACCUGACUCACAAUGACUCUGUUGUGAUCGUUGAAGAGAGAAGGCGGCCACGGAGGACCGUGAGGAGCCAGCGCCAGGACCACACUGACAGCUGCGUGGUGAGCAGUGAUGAUGAGGAGCUGUCCAGGGACAGGGAUGUGUAUGUCACCACCCAUGCCCCCCGAAGUGCCAGGGAUGAGAGCACCACAAGAUUGAGGCCCUCUGGCACCGUUAGCUGUCCCAUCUGCAUGGAUGGAUACUCGGAGAUCGUGCAGAAUGGACGUCUCAUUGUCUCUACAGAGUGUGGCCAUGUCUUCUGUAGCCAGUGCCUCCGAGACUCCCUGAAGAAUGCUAACACUUGCCCGACUUGUAGGAAGAAGAUCAGCCACAAACGGUACCACCCCAUUUAUAUAUGAAGAGCUCCAGGUCUCCCCGGAGAGCCAGAUGGACAGCCAGCUAGCCAGCCUGGCUGGGCUUUCUGCAUGCUCUCUGCCUCCAGUUUCCUGGACGCAACAAGACUGUUUCAAAGCCAACGUCUGACAUGUAAACUGCUCCUUCUUUCCCCAUCCUCUUAGAUCCUUUUGUUACCCAACUUCGAUGCUAUGGAGCUGCACCCAAAGGUGCUCCAGCCCUGGCUCCUCACCUCUGCUCCCCUCAGUAUCCUGGCCCCAAAGCAGGAGAAAGGGAGUGAGGCACAGUGGAGCUGAAGCCUGGGCUCGCGCCUUUGCAGAGUCUGCUCAUGUGCCAAGAAGUUUCCUUGUUGGAAGAUGUGUCUAGUGCUUGAGCCAGACCUGGCCUGCUUGGCCCAAGAAUCCCAGAGCAGGGGCAGCCCCUAGGCUUGCCUUCCCUCAGGGGUGGAGGCGACCUGCGACUCUGCCUGUAUCUUUACCAUGGAUGCGUAAUGUUCUCUGCAAAUCUCGGGGACCUCUGCAGGGCAAUCCCUGUUUCCUAAGAACGAAAAGUGCAAUAAAGCCCAUUCUCACCCAUGUCUCAGUAGUCGGGAGGCAGCACUGCCACCUCACAGUCCUUGAGCCGUCUGCGGAGUGGUGCCCAUCUGCCCAUCUCCGCGCUCCAGCCCUUCUCAGGAACCUAUCCAUGCUCCAGAGUUUCCCACCUGGCACAGGACACACAAACUGGGGAGCAGGUUUGCAUCUGGUGUCCCUUCUCUGGUGAGAGCCGUCCUGCACUGGCCAAGUACCCUCUGGCCCUCUGUGCCCACUGCCUGGUGUCUACCUUGGUAGAUGCGGGGGGUGGUGGCGGCAGCAAUUGUGGCCUUAUAGCCGCUCAUUUCCACUUCUACCCAAGUCCCUGUCUCCACUUAGGAGAUGCCAGCCUGGCUGACCUGGCUUGGCACUGGCUUUUACCCCCUCCCACUGGGUGACAUUUCCAAAGCUGCUUUUCACCUGCUCUGUGGGUUUUGAUUGGCAUACUUGGUGGCUGUCCAUCCCCACAGAGUCCAGCUAACAGCCUCUGCUCAACCCACAAGUAUGUGGUACCUCAGGGCCACUAAAGGGCCCGAACUAGCUGCGAGGGCACCAGGACCAGGGGCAGUGGAGAAUGGUCCCGCAGGCCAGCCUGCCCGUCUCCACCUCCGUCCUCAGAGCUUCAAGGCAAGCCAGUAGCUGUUGGCAUGACACCUUUGAGGUGGAGCGGGGCCACUCUGGCUUCGCUAGCAAUAACCAACCUUCAAGUCCCCUUCUGAAGGAGCAGGGACUCAGCACAGAAUUCACUUUACUUGGGGCUGAAGGAACAUCUCUCCCCUCUAAGCAGAAAGUGGUUUAUGCGUCAUUCUUUUUAUUUUUAUUUUUUUUAAUUGUUUGGCUUCGUAAUAAUUUUCUCCAUGAAGCAGGAGAGGGCCCAGCCCCCAUUGUGGUGGUGGACCUGCCCUACACUGGGUCAUCGCAGCCACUGAAUCUGUCUUCUUGGCUGUCAGUGAGAUGCUCAUGUUCCCCUCUGAUGCUGCCCAGAGGGAAGGCCAGGCAGCCUUCCAGCCGGUGACCAGUAAGUACAGUGACUUGCGGUUCAGAUUGUUUCAUUUUAGCACACAGGGUUGAUCAUAAAUUGUAUUCAUCCUAAAUUGAAUUGGGAAAACUUAUUAGUUUCUACUCAUCAAAAACUGCAAACUAGAAAAGGUGGUGUGAAAAAAAUCCCUUUCCUCAAUGUACAUAGUUCACUUCUUUCUUGUUACAUUUAAACUGUAUCCAUGGACAUCAGUCUGUUUUGAACUCCCGCUAGUGUUAAAGAUGAAAAUAAAACCAUUAAUUUGAA